GACGCAGGGCGCUGACAGCUCGGACCGCGUGCUGGCACGCUCCGACGGGGUCCGUGCGACGGAGGCGCGCCGCAAGCAGCCAGCGAGCAGUGACCAUGGUUGUGGAGGAGCUACCGCUGUCGGGACCGGACCAAACGAAGCCGGCGGCCGGAGGGCUACCGGCAGAGGAGGCAAACGCCCAGACAGAUGACGCCCUUGCUGAUGACGGUGAACCUCCACGGCAACGAUGGGGAAACCGAGUCGAGUUUCUGCUGUCCUGCAUCGCCAUGUCCGUGGGCCUUGGGAACGUCUGGAGGUUUCCAUACACGGCCUACAAGAACGGCGGUGGCGCCUUCCUGAUACCCUACGUGAUCGUCCUAUUGACGAUAGGCAAGCCGUUGUACUACAUGGAGCUGGCCUUGGGCCAGUUCUCGGCCCACGGCAGCGUGCGCGUGUGGAGCGUCGUCCCCGCCGUCAGAGGUGUGGGAUACGGCCAGAUGAUCGCCACCUCGGCCGUGGUCUCCUACUACGUGGCGCUGAUGGCGCUGACCGUGUUCUACUUCUUCGCUUCGUUCGCCACGGUGCUGCCCUGGACGCAGUGUGACCCGAGUUGGGCCGACAUGACACGCUGCGUCGACCCCAGCACCAACGUGUCGCUGCUCAACGGCAGCGAGCCAAUGGGCGCCACCGAGAUGUACUUCCAACGCAUGUUGGCGGGACUGGUGGGCGGCAGGAUAUAG